UGCAACUGGUUGUAAGAGGACUUGCAUCACUGCCGUCUUAUGCCCAGUGUCACUUGGGCAGCGAGAGGGGGAGGAAGAAACUUUCAACCAGAAAAUGUUUAACUAUGUAGACUUCUAAACGUAUGAUAGCCUGUGUUAUAUAAACGAAAGACCAUUCAACUGUACGAACGUGACGAGACAGCUUAGUGGCUUACUUUUACCAGGAAAGCCAGUGUGAAGGAGUUGCUUGAAGUACAACCUCAACUUAGGUUGCAAGUCACGCUUCAACCUGCCCUUGCCGACAACACAAAGAUAAUACAUCUCUGAAGUAAAUAUAGUGAGAAUACACAAGCAAAAUGGGUUGGGUGAAGCCGCUGGGUCAAGACAGGUGGAGGUCAGCAGGUGGAAAGAGUACAUGUGGAACACGACGGGUAGAAGCACAUUAUUAGAUCAAAGGUUUAAUACCGACCAGCCUACUGCGCAGACGCGACGUCUGGCAAUAAAGAUACGCAGGCUCUACACCGAGAUUUGGACCGCCUACGGGCGCUGUCGCCUCUCUCCCAGCGUUGUCGUCGCUCUCAAACCAUGAAUCCACGCACGCCAUUAUUGCUUUCUCCCAGGGCAGGAGGGAAUAGCAGUACCAGUGGAGGACUCGGCACGUCAGUCAGCCAGGUUCCUUUAUUGGAUUCUCCCAAUAAAGCCCACGGCACUAAGUUACGUGCUCCUACAACUCCUGUCUCGUCAGUACAGUCUACUCGGGUAUUGCGAAAUAAUCCUUCCAGACCAACUAGAGUCAACACUGCUGUCUGCUCAUCACCUCGAAAAGCCUCAGCUCCUAGUAAACUUAUCAGUGUUCUAGGUGGGAGUCUUGAAAAUCUUCCCAGCACAGUGUCUGUCAGAAGAAAGACUUCAGCUCCAGCCAAAUCCUUGAUUUCAUCUAAUACUAAAAAGAGUUCAGUUGUAAUUACUUCAAGGUCAAGAAAGACAUCGUCAUCAUCAGCCUCUUCUGGCACUGCAAGUUCUCGGAUGUCAAAGGACCACGGUGGGGCUGGCAGCCACCACGGGUCUAAGGGCACGGCGACUACCCCUGCCGGAGAAAAAUCCAAGGACCACCCUGUCAAGGAGCAGCAUAAAGGGGCAUCGAAGAAAUCCUCUUCACCGGUGGCUCCUGACAUGCAACCUCUGCCCACCCUAAAAGAAGAAAAGAAGCAACAGUCAAUCAGCAAAUCCAACAAGAAAAUGGAGAGUAAGAACAGUAAUAAGGAGAACAUGGGGGUCCCGACCCCGGCUACCAGAACCCUGGUGCCUCCCCAGCCUCCAGACCUCCCCCAGCCUCAACUGCAGCCCACCUCGCCCACUUCCUCCACCUCUAGUGCAACUUCUUUCCCCGAGAAGGCGCAGCUGGAGAAGACUGUCUCCGACUUGGUUAAGAAUGCAGAAUCCAAGAAGCAAGAGAUCGCCGCUCUCAAGAUGGAAAUCAACAGACUUAAGGUAUGUGUCGCUUUCUCUGAUAAAUUAAGUUUAGACUUUUUUUUUUUGCCAUUAUUUAAAUUAUAUUUUUAUAUGGGUUUGAACCUAUGGAGUCUCCUUAAUGCUGGGUCAUCUACCAGGAGAGGCCUCGUCACAGGAAGUGCUACUGUACCCACAGGGUGUUUGCAUGACGAAGAACCCAGCAUAUCUUCGACAUAAGUGAUGGAGCUGUUU